AUGGGCGGCCCAGGCUCUGGUGGCUACAAGAACAAGCCAGGUGACACCGAGACUCAUUCAGCAUGGGACAUCAUACCUCAGGACCCCGAAGGCACUCAGAAACUCGCCCAGGUACGAUGCAAGUACUGUGGCAGAGAAAUGGCACAGCACACCUCCCGCCAGCGUGUCCACCUCCUUGGCUGCCAAAACUACCUGAACGCAAUGAAAGAACAAGGCAUCGAGACCUCCAUCACUCGUCAAGCGGCUGAUCCGCAAGCAUUCUUCAGAAGCUCCGACUGGGCACAGAAGUCGGCGGAGGCGAAGGCGCCCAAGGUUCUGAAGAUGGGAGAUCACACUACAGCCGUGCGCAUUCAAGCAUUGGCGCUGGCCGAGGCCAGUAUUUCCUAUGAGAGAAUCCAAGAGAUCACUGGCAUGGACCCCAAGGUUAUGGCUGGACUUCGAAGACUCGCCCGCGAACGCGGCUACGACCCUAAUAUCUCCAUGCAACUCAAGGAAGAGUAUGUGCUGGAUCCACCAAACACCUCCCGCCCUCGCGGCCGACCGAAGAAGAGGAAGCCAGAAGAUGAAGUCGAUCCCGCCCUCACCAACAUGUCCGAUGGCGCCCAGACUACACCACCGACCUUCAACACUCCCAAUCGCGGCAACUUGCCUCCUGGUCAAUGGGACUUCAUGGCGCCCACUCCAACCGGCUACACAAUGACUUAG